AUGACAAUGGCGGCCGGCUUUCUGCAAGAGCUAAAGCAGGGGUAUGUCGCACACAGCGCUCUCCCGGCGCCAUUUGUCAAACAGCCCCUGCUGCUAGACGCAGCCAUGUUCUUGUCCGAGACCCUCGCGCCAUCUGCUCUCCACAUGUCUCUGGCGACGAAGCGGUACCGACGAGCUCAGCAGACUGACCAGAGUGCUUUCAAUGUCGCUUUCAAUACGAAGUCCAGCUUCACGGACUCUCUCGGACAACAUUCUAGGCUGAAAUGUCAAUGGCCAUCAUUCUCGAGAUAUGCCAUUGCUGAUGACGACGCCGGCAUCGAGGAGAUUUUGACCAAGUUGGGCUGGUUGAGCCUAGGUGAGGCCACGGUGGUCGAUGUGGGAGCAAAUACCACAUCUCUCGCCAGCGCAUUGACCAGCAAAUUUCCAUCGCUGCGAGUGGUGGUCCAAUAUGAGGACCAGGCUCAGGCUAAUGCCUUGUCCCGUACAUCAUCAGCAAUCCAGCUUAGAAACGGACUGUCAACAACGCCCUUUGAGUCAAGCAGCAAGCUUAUUGAAUCGGCUGCUAAAGCAAUUGAACGCCUUGAAACCCAGCAUCGAGCGCCGGGCUCAUCGCAGUGCGUCACCAACGCAGCCGUCUACGUUGUGCGUCUUGGAACAGCCUCGCCCUUUACACCCUGGCAUGUACUCAAAGCACAGGCUACAGCAGAGCUCAACGCUCAUGCUGAAGUACUUCGCAACCAGCACUUAUCCUGGUGA